AUGUUCAAAAGACCAAAACCAGGAGAAGAUGAGGAGGAUCUUCUUCACAUGCAGGAAGAAUUUCUCAGGGAGAAGGAAAAAAAUAAUAUACAGCCCGCAGCAGCAGUUACGAAUUUACGUCCGGAUAUAAAACGACCGAAUACCGACUCAGGUAAUCGGAAACCUUCAAAAUAUGCUAGGUCUAAAGGUCUUACCUAUCAUUCGGAAACGCAAGGUAAUACAAGUUCGGUCAUGGGAAAUAUUUUAGAAAAAAAUUACGAUGCUGAUCCCCCAGUAUCACUCUCGGAAGGUGACGAUGACUAUGUAUACUUUCCUAAAGUUAUUCCAUCAUUAUUAGGUGAAAUAGUCGAAAAGAAUAUUCCAGAUUUUGUAGACUUUGGCACUAGAGUUAUGCCUGCUCAAGGAUUCCCUGAAGCUACAAAAUUUGAAACAUCUGAAUCUAAGAUUCAGAAAACUGCUGAUAAAGAAGAAAGUACAAAAAUGGAUGUGGAUACAUCCAACAUUAAUUUGCCAACAAAAAGCAUUAUGGUAUCAUCAACCGAUGCGAGUGACAUCUCUAAAGAAAACACAAAAGUACUUAAGGACAUGUCUGAAAAAGAGAUUUUAGAAGAGCAAAAAAAAUUACUUUCAACCCUGGACCCUAAGCUUAUACAGUAUAUAAAAUCCAAAAGACAGUCAGGACAAAAUUCAAAUAAAGAACAGAAACCAAAAAAAGAAGUAACAUUUGACACACAAAAUGCACCAAAUAAAAAUAUAGACGAGCAAAUGGAUACUGAAAUAAUUGUAGAAGAUGAUAGUCUAUGGGACAAUGAUAUUUUAUCACAUCCUCAAGUUAACAAAUGGCUGCAUUUUGAUUCACUCGAAAAGGAUAAAUUAGAGUGGAUCAAAGGCAUACAAGUAAGCAAAACCAUCAAAGCUGAUGAACCUUAUGAAGCACGAUUUGAUUUUAGAGGAUACCUCUUGCCAUACACUAUGGAGUACAACGAACAGACUAAGACUUUAUUCCACCAUGGUGAUGAACCCCAUCGGCCAGGUUAUUCUAUAACUGAAUUGAUUGAACUAACUCGGUCAACUGUUACUCAACAAAAAGUCAUGGCGUUGAACACAAUUGCUGGUAUCCUAGAAUACUACAGUGCUGGUACAUACAAAAACAUUAUAGAAAUACCAUUGAGCAAAUUAUUUUUCAUCAUUAGAAUAGCCAUGGAUGAGAAUAAAAUUAUUGUUUUAGAACCUGCUUUAAAGGCAAUGAGGAACUUGAUAUACAAUAGGAUAGAUGAGGCUAGCCUUGAUGCAUUAAUAGGUUUCGAGGAAGGCACCAUACAGCCUUGUCUUGAAAAUGAUAAGUCGGAAAUGGAAGAGUUAGAGUCUAAAGAAUCUGAAUUUAAUGACUUCCAUUUAGCAGAGAUUGACAUUAUAACUGCACUCUUAAGAACAGAAGUUCUUCAAAGGAUGUUCUAUAUUCUAGAUACCAUAAGACCUAGUUUUAACUGUGUUCAAUAUUGUUUGCAAAUAUUAACACGACUAGCUCGGGAUUCAUUUGAAACUGCACAAAAAAUAAUUGAAAUGGAAUAUUUAAUGAACACUAUAAUCAAGAACUUUCUUCCAAUUAAUUCUAUUAACUUUGUGUUUGAACCACAAAUUGUGUAUAAAAGAAAGCCAAUAUUAGCUGCGUUGAAGCUUAUCAGAAUAUUAUCACUGCAAACUGGUGAUAUUACACAUGUUUUGCUGAAUAAAUAUGGUAUUUUAAAACCAAUUUCUGAAUACAUAAGUUCUAAAGUAGACCGUUCCUAUGGGUUAAAGAUUCAGAUUGAAGCUUAUUGUGUAUUAUCCAAUUUCUUACAUUUUGGCCUUGGGAUUGAAACAGCAAUAUCUCUGAGUCCUGUCAUUAUGACAACAUUCUACAAUCAUGUUGAAACCACUGAUAUUUUUACAAAUUCAUCCAUUUUAUCUGCAACACAUGCCGCAGUGGUGUUACAGCUUUUGAGUAGACUUUUACAUUGUAACUUACAAGGAUUCCAUUCGCAUAAAACGCAGAUGUAUCCCUUAGUCAAGGAUGGUGUUCAGAAGUGGACUAGACAGCUAUGUUACGCUGAUGAUUAUACCUGUGGACAUUUACGACUACUUUGCUCUGCAUUAGACUUAUGUAAAACAGUCAUAAUGGUUGAAUGCUUGCCAAUGAAAGUUUUAAAUGACUCUCUGAUAUUAUUAUUCCAAUCUCAAGGUUUUGAAAGAGUCAUCAGGAACCUCAUACUCAGCUCAAAUUUACUGUCAGGCUUGGACAGUAAAGAUUUAAUGUUCACAAAAAAUUUGAUGAGCCUUGGAGGCUCUGCAAUAGACACAUCGCAAAAAGUUCUCCCAGUCCUAAAUAUUUUAUCACCAGUACCGUUUUUGGCGUCUUUAUCGAGCUUGCUGACUUACAUGAAUGAAAAAGAUAUUUCUGAGUCAUUUUUAAGGCAUAUGUUGCUAUAUCUAAAUGAGUUGGGUAAAAGAGUGCCAAGCCUCUGUGAUAAUUGGUUUACUAGGAUGGAAACUAAUUUAGUCAUUAAUAUCAUUAAGCUUUCAACAAGAUUUAAUAUGUCGGAAGGAAGCAAAGACCUGCUUUAUUCUGUGGCAAACAAAUUGUGUUAUAUCUUGAGAAUGGACAAGAAACAUGACCUGUAUUUUCUAUUUAAUAAUAUCGUUUUCAAUAAACAUUGGUUCACAGCAGAAAGGCUCUUAAAUCUCGUGACAGUAUCGGAUCCUGAAAGUUUCAGUAAAGCUCUAACAUCGAUCGAAAAUAUAAAAAUGUGUUAUCGCAAAGUAGUGAAUAUGAACUACAGAGAAACAGGGCCCAACAUUUUGUUAAAGUGUUGGCGAGAACCCAUUUUGCCGCGGGAUUGGAUUUAUAUGCCGAUUUUAACACUUUAUACUAGGCAUCAAGACGCAAGUAAUAUUCCUAAGCUUGUAGGAGAACAUGCUAAGAAAAUCGCUGAGAGAGUUGCAGCAGAGAGAGAAUUUAUAGUUAUUAGCAGUCUAGAGUGGAUAUUGUUCAAUGAAUUAUGUUUCCCAGAACUUCUGAAAGAUAUUGACGUUACAGACAGAUUUUGUCGUAUCAUGUGUGUAUUUCUUAGCGACAAUUCUUUGUUUCUGGAGCCUAGAGUAAAGAUUUUGUUACAAAAAUGCUCUGAGGCUUUAUUUAAAAAGAAAUCUAAGUUCAAUUUCGAUAAACCAUUGGUUGGUUUGCAUAAUUUUCAAGACUUUUAUACUCAGUUCUUGGAGCAAUUCCAGGCUGUAAGUUACGGGGAUUGUACAUUUGCUGCAUGUGUUUUAGUGCCGUUAGCUCAGAAGCAUAAUGUGAAAUGGAGAAAACUGCUGUGGUCAGAGUAUGCAGGAUGUCUAAGGGCUCUUGAUUGUCCAGAAAGCAUGCUAUGCUAUGACAUGAAUGAAUAUUUAUAUCCAGAAGAGACAGAUGAAUCUCUAAUAAAAUCAUACUUACAAGCGAUUUCUACUAAUUUACUGCGACCAGACACGAUUGCUUACAAAAUAGCAUACCAUCAUGUUCAAAGUUAUAAAAAGAGAAUAUGUACAUAA